ACGUACUUUCACUGAGCGCCAGCCCUAAUAAAACUGCAUGCCCAAAACACUUCUGUCACAACACUGUCAACUGAGGACUAUACAAACAUGUCUUUCCUUUCAGGAUUUUUGGGUAAUAAAGCAGCAGACUCAUUUGUCGACCAGGCUGUGGACAAAGCAGCUGCUGUAGCAAAAAAGAAGGUAAAGGAAAAAUUUGGCGGAAAAAAGCAAGAGGAUCAGACAGGGGGCAUGGGAGGUCUUUUCCCAUCUGAGGGGGAGAAGAAGCCAAAGCAAAAGGGAGGUGGGAUGUUUGGUGGUCUUCUUAAUGCAGAACAAGAAGCACCACAAAACCCACCAGCAGCACAGGCCAGUGCAGACCCCGGUUUCACUGAUGCGUUGGACGAUCUAGCAAAUGAGUUUGCGUCACAGAACUGAAAAGGAAAACUCUUUUGGGUUAAGUUCUGCAGCCAGACCUCUUCUAACACCAGCAUCAUUGUAGAGAGUCAUGGAUGGACUUAAACUACAUAAAAGCAUAUUUCAUUUGUUAUUUUUGUAAAUAGUUUUAAGAGACAUCGGUCUGUUUUUUAGCAGGACCACUACAUUAACUGUUACAAACUAUGCAUAUUACAUUCAUGUUAGGUGUUUAACUCAUGUUAGUUGUUUUAAAAUAAAUGAAGUUUUCAAUAUCAUGUGACAUUAUGAUAUGUAAAGUGUGUACUAAUAACAAAAUGCCCCAUGAGCACCGCCUUUGUGUUGAAUUAUAUAAUAGACUAUAUUUCACAAAACAACAAUAAAACCUAAAUAAUCUGGUUAAAAUUAAACAACACACAUUUUUAUUUACAUUUUAUUAGUUUUAAACAAUAUGAGGCCAUACAAAGUCUCUUCAUAUUAAUAUAGUGAUGAAAAUAAACAUUUGUUUCCAAAAAUACCCCCUAACAUUUGUAUAUAAACUAAUUUAAUUAAUUUACCAAUAAGGUCCAGGCCACAAUUUAAAUGCAAGCCUUAUCAAGGGAACUGUUCAAAGAGCAGCAAAACCAAGUGCAAUAUUUUGUAACAGAGAUAAAUAGCCUGAGAUUCAUCCUGCAUCACUUUCUUGGCCAUAUUUAUAUCAAAAUGGGAAAAAAUAACUAUUAACUACAUUUUAGAAACUGGUAUUAGACAUGUGUGAAGUGGUUAAAAUUAUGCUGUGACUUUAAAGCUUAAAUGUUUAUAUAUGUAAUAAGUGCUUAAUACCAGACCUGAAAAAAAACCUAGGCAUCUAUAAAAUAAGGAUUUUUGUUUUGUUCUGCUGUGCAAAGACAUUAAGUGAAUUAAAGGGACUCUGGCUU